AUGUCAUCGCCUUCAUUCUCCCGACUUGUCCGCUUCCUAGCUAAGAACGGUCGUACAUACUACGGCGAUGCCAUUCUACCCAAAGGAGUAUCAGAUAUCGCGGAAGCUACUCAAGCCAAAGUGAUUACAGGUGAAAUAUUUGGAAAGCAUGAGGUUACAGAUCAAAUACAAGAUAUUCGACUCUUACUCGCUCCAUUAGCAACCGAAGAUGUUAAGACUGUGAGAUGUUUGGGGUUGAACUAUGAACAGCACGCAAAGGAGUCAAAUAUGCCGAUUCCAAAAUUCCCAAUUCUGUUUUAUAAACCCAUCACAUCACUCUCUGGUCCUACCGAUUCUAUCCCCAUUCCCGCGAUGGCCCAAGAAGGUACCGGUCUUGACUACGAAUGCGAACUUGUAGUGGUGAUCGGGAAAUCCUGCACCAAUGUUUCCGAAUCUAAAGCUUUAGAUUAUGUUCUUGGUUAUGCCGUAGGUGACGAUGUAUCUCAUCGUGAAUGGCAAAUUCAACGAGGAGGUGGUCAAUGGGCUCUCGGAAAGGGAUUUGAUGGAUGGGCUCCGUAUGGUCCAGGAAUCGUCUCUAGUAAAUUGAUUGAUCCGCAAAAUCUUAAGAUCUUUACGAAAUUGAAUGGGAAGACGGUACAAGAGAGUAGUACCAAGGAUAUGAUUUUUGGUGUAGCGAAAACUAUUGCAUUUUUGAGUCAGGGAACUACAUUGUUACCAGGAGAUUUGAUUUUUACAGGAACUCCACAAGGUGUAGGAAUGGGAAGAAAACCACAAGUAUGGUUGAAGGAUGGUGAUGUGGUUGAAGUUGGAUUGGAAGGGGUAGGAAGUUGUAUUAAUAAGGUUGAGUUUACUCAGACAACGGAGAAAGCGAAGCUAUAA